AUGGUGUUUUGCGAGUUCGACGUAUACCGAGAUAAACCAACCCACAAAUGUAUUUAUAUGCGGCCAAUAAAAGACAUUUACUAUGAUAAUUUAAAAAAAGAUCUGAAUUCUAUUCGUUGGGACUUAAUAGCACAAUUACCUGACGUAAAUCAUAUUCUACAUACAUUUAACAGAUCUGUCCUCUGUGUCUUUGAUACUCAUGCACCGUAUAAGAAAUGCGUAUUCAAAUCUCGACCCUACCCAUGGAUGACACCUAACCUGAAGUUCAUGAUAUCUUUAAAAAAUAAAGCCUUGUCUGAUUUCCGUAAAACUAAAGACGUUACAAAAAAGGAAUAUUUUAAAACUUUAAAUUCAUUAGUAAAUAAGACAAUAUAUUUCGAAAAAGUUGCUUACUUUAAUAAUAAUAUCAAUAGCCAAAAAAGUCGACCAAAACAUCUAUGGAAAAGUCUUAAAUCUAUUAUAUUACCUUUAAAAAAACCUAAAGAGCUGCCCUUACAUUUCACUGACGCUGAAAAAAUUAACGACCAUUUCCUAAAUAUUCCCGGUAGUUCAAAGGUUAAUCUGUCUCAAUUAACUUACUUUGAAUUUAAUAAAUAUUGUCAAAACAGUUUUAGCUUAGAACCAACUACUGCAGAAGCCGUGUUUAAGGUAAUCAAGAGUUUACAUUCCAAUGCUCAAGGAUACGACGAAAUAACACUGAAUAUGCUGCUUUUAACAUGCUCUGACACAUUGGAUGUUAUUACAGCCUUAAUAAAUACAUCUUUCGCGACUUCUCAGUUUCCUGAACUAUGGAAGAUAGCUGUAGUUCGACCAAUUCCUAAAAAUAGUAAUCCAUUAGAUAUCAAGGAUUUAAGACCUAUAAGCAUUUUGCCGUGUCUUUCCAAGGUUAUAGAAAAAAUUGUAUGCCGCCAGAUAACAGAUUACAUCGAAAAACACGACAUAUUGCCACAGACACAAUCUGGGUUCAGAAAAGGUCGAGGAACUGUAUCCGCUUUACUAGAUGUAACAGACAAUAUUCUACAAGCACAGGAUCAGGGAUUGUGCACGUUACUUGUAUUAUUAGAUUUCUCACGAGCAUUCGAAUCAAUUAAUAUUUCUCUGCUUUUAUCAAAAUUAAGCUACUAUGGAUUUGACAUUAAAACGGUUAAAUGGUUUAGCAGUUAUCUCACUAACAGAUUACAGGUUGUUGAAUUAAGAAAACCUGACGGCUCACCGACACGCUCAAAGCUUGCGACGAUUAACAGGGGAGUACCACAAGGAUCAAUUCUAGGCCCAAUAUUAUUCAUCCUAUACUCUGCGGAUAUCACUAAACAUAUAUGGAAAUGCAAAUUCCACAUCUAUGCUGAUGAUAUUCAAGUUUAUAUAUCUUUUAAAGCGGAAAACAUGAACACAGCCAUAAUAGAAUUAAAUGAGGAUUUACAGCGAAUCGCCACAUAG